AUGUCGGACCCUUCUCCGCCCUCCCCGCCGUCGGCUCCCGACGUGGCUGCCAUGGCGGCGUGGGUGCCUGGGGUCUUGAUCCCGGGUGCCGCCAUCCUCGGCAUCGUGUUCGCCGUCUGGCUCUGGUGGCGCGUCAGCCUGAUCCCCGUGCGCGGCCACACCGUCAACGGCGGGUCCGCGGACCGCCAGGGCCUGCUCGAGAGCGCUGGCGAGGACGACAGCGUGGUGGUGGAGCGCAGCGCGGUCAUCCAGGACGCCAUCUCGGAGGGCGCCGAGUCCUUCCUGCGCACCGAGUACAAGUACGUCGGCAUCUUCAUGACGUGCUUCUCGGUCUUCAUCGCAGUCCUGCUGUCCUCCGAGGACGGCUUCAACCUCUCCUGGACCACGGACGACGACGGCAACCCGGUGCGUCCGGCGGUGUACAACGGCUUCUUCUCGGCGCUGUCGUUCAUCAUCGGCGCGGGCACGUCGGCGGUGUGCGGCUACCUGGGCAUGCGCAUCGCCACGUACGCCAACGCCCGCACGGCGCUCGAGGCGCGCAAGGGCGUCGCGGAGGGCUUCAUGUGCGCGUUCCGCUCGGGCGCGGUGAUGGGCUUCCUGCUCUCGGGCAUCGGCCUGCUGUCGCUGUUCCUGACCAUCGCGCUGUUCGACCUGGUGUACGGCGGGGACUGGGAGGGCCUGUACGAGGCGGUCACGGGCUUCGGGCUGGGCGGGUCGUCGGUGGCGCUGUUCGGGCGCGUCGCGGGCGGCAUCUACACGAAGGCGGCGGACGUGGGCGCGGACCUCGUGGGCAAGGUGGAGAAGGACAUCCCCGAGGACGACCCGCGCAACCCCGCGGUGAUCGCCGACAACGUGGGCGACAACGUGGGCGACAUCGCCGGCAUGGGCAGCGACCUCUUCGGGUCGUUCGCCGAGUCGACCUGCGCCGCGCUCGUCGUGGCCUCGGUGUCCACGCUCGGCACGGAGCACUCGCGCGUCGGCCUGAGCUUCCCGCUGAUGAUCUCCGCCAUGGGCAUCGUGGUGUGCGUCGCCACGACCUUCCUCGCCACGGACCUCUUCCCGGCCCAGAACACCACGCAGAUCGAGCCCACGCUCAAGGUGCAGCUCAUCCUGUCGACGCUCCUGGCCACCCCGGGCGCCUGGUUCCUCGCGCAGUACGGCCUCCCGGAGACCUUCACGAUCUACCUCGGCGAGAUGUCCCAGGAGGUGAAGAACUGGCACAUGUUCCUCUGCGUCGCCAUCGGCCUCUGGGGCGGCCUCGUCAUCGGCAUCCAGACCGAGUACUUCACCAGCAACGCCUACAAGCCCGUCCAGGACGUGGCCGACGCCUCCCGCACGGGCGCCGCCACCGUCAUCAUCUUCGGCCUCGCGCUCGGCUACAAGAGCGCCAUCCUCCCCUGCCUCAUGAUCGCCAGCGCCAUCUUCGUCGGCUUCUUCUACGCGGGGAUGUUUGGCAUCGCCUGCGCCGCGCUGGGCAUGCUCGUCACGCUCUCCACGGGCCUGGCCAUCGACGCGUACGGGCCCAUCAGCGACAACGCCGGCGGCAUCGCCGAGAUGGCCGAGAUGGGCGAGGACGUCCGCGAGCGCACCGACGCGCUGGACGCCGCGGGCAACACCACCGCCGCCAUCGGCAAGGGCUUCGCGAUCGGGUCGGCCGCGCUCGUGUCGCUCGCCCUGUACGGCGCGUUCGUCACGCGCGCGGGCCUCACCCUCACGGACACGUCGAUCCUCAACGCCAAGGUCUUCCCGGGCCUGCUGGUCGGCGCCAUGAUCCCCUACUGGUUCUCCGCCAUGACCAUGAAGUCGGUCGGCAUGGCCGCGCUCGCCAUGGUCGAGGAGGUCCGCCGGCAGUUCGCGACGAUGCCCGGCCUCAUGGACGGCACCACGCGCCCCGACUACAAGGCCUGCGUGGAGAUCUCCACCAUGGCCUCGCUCUCGCAGAUGAUUGCGCCCGGCGCGCUCGUCAUGGGCACGCCCAUCGUCGUCGGGCUCCUCUUCGGCGUGCAGGCGCUCGCGGGCGUGCUCGCCGGCUCGCUCGUGUCGUCGGUGCAGCUCGCCGUCUCCAUGUCCAACACGGGCGGCGCCUGGGACAACUCCAAGAAGUUCAUCGAGGCCGGCGCCAGCGAGGCCGCGCGCGCCCUCGGCGGCAAGGGCUCCGAGGCCCACAAGGCCGCCGUCGUCGGCGACACCGUCGGCGACCCGCUCAAGGACACCUCGGGCCCCGCCCUCAACAUCGUCAUGAAGCUCAUGGCCGUCGAGGCGCUCGUGAUCGUGCCCAGCCUGGUCGCGCUCACCAAGGACGGCCUGAUCUUCAGGCUCUUCGAGUGA